AAAAAAAAGGUCUAUAACAUUAUCAGCGUUAGUAUCUAUCCCUCUAACCGUGUCAGUAGUGUGACUCGGCUUGUACUCGGUGCAGAUAUCCAGCUAUAGUUCUGUAUAUACCUCGGUUACUGUGGUUACGGGUUGAGUCCGGAAGUGGCCCUGACGAACAGAAACAUGGCUGUGCAGAGCUGGAUUGAUGUCUUAAAGUCAUCAAAGAAAACAGCUUUGAUACACGAUGGAAAAAGGAAGAUCCACUACCUCUUUAUAGAUGGAAAGGAAAUGGCAGAAGAGUAUGACUUGAAAACAGACGAGCUCAUUGUCCGAAAAUGGCGACAUAAAAGCACACUUGGAGCUCAGGGCCAAUGGCAGGUCGAGGUUGGGGACCCACUUGUGGUUCCUGUCCCUUCUUUGGAUUCAGAUGUGAUCAAGGAGAACUGCUCCAAUCCUGUGUUCACGCGCAAAGACACAAAGACCAGCUUUCAGUGGAGAAUCCGCAACCUUCCCUACCCCAAAGAUGUCUUCAGUGUGUCCGUGGAGCCAUCUGAGAGAUGCAUCAUCAUAAAAACCUCAAACAAAAAGUAUUAUAAGAAGUUCAGUGUUGUUGAUUUAGAUCGCAGUCAGCUGCCACUGGACAACUCCGCCCUCAGCUUCACUCACACCAACAACACUUUAAUUGUCAGCUACAAGAAACCCAAGGAGAUCUUAAUCCUUGAAGAGGAGCUGCUGAAGGAGCUGAAAAAACUGAAGGGGACCGGUGAAGGGGACGUCGACUGCAAAACUCAGUGAAUUCGGACUCUGGGAGCAAGAGAGUGAUUCUGCGUUGCAUUUGAAGCAGAACCUCACUGCGUCAUUUUCCACUCACAUGUGAGCUCUCGCUUAAUUUUUCUUUAGUGGACCCCUUCAUUAAGAAGAUCUCCUGCACAGUGCCUUGUCAAUGGUUUAAUACUUUUAAUUGUGUUUACUGAUGUCUGUCUGUUUAUUACAGUGUUAUAAUUUGUCCUGCCAUUUAUAUUUGAGACAGACAUAUUCCGUAAAACAUUAUUUCACAGUCCAACCACAUUUAUGAUAUCUGAACCACAAAUGAUUUCUUACACAGAAAAUGUAUUGAACAUUUUACAUAAAAUAUUUGUAGGGAAUUUUUAAGAAUUGUGUCUAUUUUUGCAAACUGACUAAGGGGGCAAUUUUGAUAGGGGUCACUAACCUGCUACCCUCCUUUCAUUGAUGUCCUUGUAAAACACUCAAAACACACAAUGCCUCAUCCCUGUUCGUUCCGGGGUCACUGUUACGAGCACAUCCCAUUUGUGUUAACUGAAUACCCUCAUGUUCCUUGCAUGUAGUGGGCCACCCUGAAAGCCAUUACUGAAACUCUGGUCAGCGAGCAAGCUAGUGUUACUGUUUCCCUUUACAACAAAGGGUCACUCUGACCCUGUGGUCUCCAGCUAAAAGCCCACUGGCACAAGAAAGAAAAAGGUGCAACUGUUGCAGGGAUUUGUUCCUAAUGAAUUUCAUAUUAUUGUCUAAUGAGGACAAAUAUAAAGAAGAUAUCUAACGCUUUUGGAUUUUUGAAGUCAAUGUGUGUGUGUAUAUAUAUGACAUGUACAGAAGAAAAAGAAUUGUAUAGGUCGUGCUUCCAAAAUGGGAUAUUUGUCUGCUUUACACCCAGUACAAUUAAGAAAAAAAAAUGUCCAGUCAGAAAUACUUAGACAGUGGAUAAAAAAAGAACAGUACUGUUUAAAAGAGACAAUGGCAUUUAAAUAUAGAUCGUUUCAACCUUA